GCAAUUGGCGCUAGCUAAGAAUAUGUGCGUUACUUAGUUCAUAAGUGCGAUCUCAAUUAUGGAAGAGGCCAGAGCUGUCCUGAAGAAGAAAGAUGCCAUUCUUGAACACCCGUCUAUGCUUGCAGAAGCAAUUGAUUGCAUCCGAUAUAAUAACCCACAAAGUGGACAUAACGAGGCAGAGGAGCUUUUAGUGGAGAGCUAUCAGGGUGCAAUCGAGUUCCUAUUUGAACUGGGGACUUGGCUCACCUACAUUGAUGAAGAUGCUCAGUCUACUCGUAACAUAAUUGAAUCAGUUGUCAAGGAAGCUAUUCUUCAAAACUACGAUCGUUCCAAAGCCAUAACAUGUUUAACAGAUGAAGCUUCAGCCGACACCAUGGAGUGGCUUAGUCAAAUGGUCGAAUCUCCAACUUGGCGUCAAACUAUUUAUAACCUAGCUCAGCAUCCACGGAACGAAGAUUGUCCUUUUUUAUCACUAUCUAUGCCGUGUAUAGCUGUAAAAGAAAGUCUCAUUGGAGAACUCGUAUCUGUUCCUCUUGCAUGGAACACUCUGGGCAUUUUCUUGAAGUGCGUUAUCUAUGUUUUACAGCCAUUACUAGCUGCCGGUGAUACAGUUAAAGAUCAGACAUUUAUGUACUCCAUUGCAUUUUUACAGCCAAAACGGAAUAAUGCUUCAUGUACCAAUUAUUCUAGUGUUUCACAUUCAGAAAUGAGCAUGGUGAAUUCGGAAUCGCUUCCAUCUAUUGAUGACGUUAAGGGUUUUGUUUCCGCUGUCGAUAACGAACAUCAACCAUACUCAUCAGAAGGAGAGUCUCACUUUUCUUUUGAUACUGCACAAGAUAUGUUAACCCACUUUUUGGAAAUGGGUUGUCAUAGUGAACAUGGAUAUUUACUCUUGCAAUCUAUCUUGCAGUGUUUGGCUCGAAAAAUGAAGAGCCAUUGUGCUCAUCAUCUUAUUUGGCUUUUGGAAGCUGAAGCAAGUCGAAGGGGCCGUGACGUGAGUCGGUACACAACGUAUCUCUGUGGUGCCCGAGAUUAUCCUGAUAGCAUGGAUGCGAUGCGUAUCAUCCUUAAAGAACAGGAUUUAAUUCCGGAUGCAGUUUUGCUGCUUGAGGAAGCAUAUAAAGGAGAUGCCUCCCCACCAGUAGCUUUGUUACGACAACCCAUUUUCAUUGCACUUCUAGCAGAUGCAUUAUUUGCAAGUUCUGAUAGAUUGUUAACUGAACAAUUAGAGCAAUAUGCAUACCUUUACAGCUAUGCUGCAGUGGUCGUUGAAGAGAUUGAACCUACUACUGAAAGACGUAUCUCAUGUAUACGUACUGAAGUUGAUGAAGCAAAACGUGAAGUUUUAGAAGCAAGUCGAAUUUGUAGACAAUGGAACAAUAUGUCUGGCAGUGGAAUUAGUUUACGUGCUUUCCGAGACCUUCCAUCGCUUUUGAGAUGUUUAUCAUGUCGACCUGUUUCACUUGGUGUAUUUCGUUUCGUUCGGGUCGUUUUUCAUACGAAACGUGUCGAUUUUGAAUUAAAUAUGGACACCAUGAAACCUUACUGUAUAGUAGUGAAUGAAUUGGCUGAGGUCAAUGAAUAUUUACGUCCAGCUCUCUUAGCAUUUAUCACAGAAUUACUGGCUUCUUCAGUUGAAGGAAUGGAAGACUUGAGUCAGGUAUGGUCGAGGUAUCUUCUGUUAAACGCUCCUCCUUCAUGAGUUUUCUUUCAGGUUAUCUUUAUUACUGUAUCUUAUAUUUUUAUUUUCUUCGAUUUAAACAACGUUUAUCGUUCUUAGCCCCAUGGUUUGUGGAAAUCGUUCACUUUGAGGAUAACUUUACACCAUGGAUUGAACUUGAUUAAACAGACACUAAAACUCAGAAAAUAUACUGAUGAAUAAAUUACAGGUGAAUUUUCAAAACUUUAGUGAGAAGCUGUGAUUGAUGAAGUUCAAUCAUUUCUGGUGUUAGACAGGUACUACCGAUCGUAAUGGAUGGCGGUCAUAUAAUAUCGCGAACCAUCUGAAGCUGAAUGUGUUAACCAUCGAACUUCAACUUUAGUAAUCUGAUGGUAAUAAACUUACCGUUGGAUAUAAUGGUCCUAAGUUUGUUCCCCGGUCGGGUCGUAGGUAUUCACUACUGAGAAAUCUCAUACUAGAACGAAAAUAUCGUUCGGUGCUCGUUGGUUUUUAGUGGUUUUCUAUCUAAAGUCAGUCCAUGAUGUAAACUGUUACGUCUUACCAAAAAAUCCUAAUGAUAUUGCUGUAACAUAAACUCCUUCCUGCUACUUGUUCAACGAAACAAGAUUAGUCAGACUCAAUCCAAUAAAAAAUCCAAGACUGUUAGAUGAAAAUUUAUUUACAAACCAAUAACCGAUUACAAUAGCAUUCUAAAUAAAUAUGAAAGAUGUCGUUCUAAAUGCUUGGAUCAGUUGAACUAGCAUUGAAUAACUCAAUAUUUACAUACAAUUGAGUUGUAUAUCUUCCUCCUUUCUCAUAUAAACUAUUCACAAAGUUGAUAUCUUACUGUACAGCAAUCACCUCUACCAGCGUUUUACACGACGUUUUGCCGUUUACUUUCCGGAAGGAUUUAAAUACUUACUUUGUACACGUUUUUAUUUACCACGAGCAUAUUUUAUUUCAUUAAUUUUUUUCCUAUUUCGCUUCUCUCUGUCAGUAAGACCUAUUUUAUUAGGUGCAAAAUAUUCACUUUUUAAAAAUAAUCUAACUACCUGAACGUUUAUAUUUUACAGUUAGAAUACAAACGAAUGUUGGUCGGAUUACUUGUUCAUUUACUAUCAUGUGGCCAUGUACUUCCUGUAAUAAACACAAUGCAUAGACUGUUUUUACGCAAUCGUGUUGAUGUUUCUAUUGUUCGCCAUUUUGUUACAGAAGUACGUGACAUGUUUUUUGAUUUUAUAUUAUGAAUAUUGAUAGAUUAUUACAGCGUUCACCAUAUACUUAUCGAUUUGAGAUAAACACUUAAAUUCAUGUUGGAUAACCAGGAAACAAACAGUUUGCAAAUCAAGAAAAUUUUUGUUAUCAGUAUAGGGUUGUGGAGAUCUCAAUCAAAGCUUUUGUUUUCAAUUUUCAUAAUCGUCUGUUAUUAGCCUUGGUAUUAAGCUUAAAAAGGUAGCCUCUAAGCUCGUAAUAUGUUAACCGAUUUUUAUCUUAGUGUUACCACUGACAAUUUUCUUCAAUUGAGCUCGCUAACAAGUAGGCCAAAAUCCUAUAAAACUAGGUGUUAACUUGAGUAAAACAUUAAUUCAACAGAUAGUAAUUAUGUACACCUAUCAGAAAUCGUGCCUGAUUUUUAUCACCAUAAUCAUUUAAUAAUUACCCUUUUAAACCCAUAUUGUGUGGUUUCGUAACUAAAGGAAUUACCAAAAUUAGAACUGGCGUAAAAUUGUGAAUUGUUAAGAAUAUUUCAGUUAAUAACGAUGAAUAUAGACGCUUGUGAGACCAUUAGCAAUCGCUCAACUGUUAAAUCUAUAAUGAUGUCGAAUGAAACAGUACAUGUUAGUGAAUGACAAUUUAUUGAGUUAGAACAUUUACUAGAAUAAAUAACUAGCAUUCAUAUACAUAUAAAAUGUUACCAUACACAUGAGUCAACCGUAAACCUUGCUGAUUAUCACUUAGGUGAUAUACCUCCUUGGCUUCCUUCUACGAAGCCUGUUUCGGGUUAUAUUAUUGACAAUGGGACCGUGACUUUGUAGUUGAAGCACAUGGUUUUCAAUGAUUAGACCUCAGGUUCAUGCCCCUCUCUGUUUAGCUCGCCAUUGGCGAAUUGAUAAUAUCACUACCUCUCACACAAAAAUAUGUCUGGAAGUCAACUGAGUAAACCUGAACUUGGUGAGUUUUCCAACUAAAUGGCAGACUUUCGCUGUUUCGUGUGCAUUUGAUUCCUAUGAAAUCGUGUCAGUUAGGUAAAACCAUUUAUAUAUCUGUUUAGACAGACCAACUAAGCCAUUCAAGAUAUUUUGCUGUCAGUUUAUUUGGUGAAUGAUAUGAAUACUUAUUCAUCUAUUGCAUGCCAUCACAUAGUGCUGUGGAAAUGGAUUUUAUACAUUAGAUUGAUAAAAACGGUUUAUGUCAAGAAUAAAUAAAUAUUUGCGUAUGAUUUCUGUUUUAAUUUCCCAAGGCCGUCAUAUAUCAAAGAAAAUAGGAGCCAACCGUAAACGCAAUCGGUUUAUAAACUAGUAACAACUGCUAAAUUUCUUAGAGCGAUAUCAAAUUACUUACAUAAAUGUCGGCUAUAUUUACUAAAUAAUAAACAUAUGUGUAGCGGUAUACUACAUUACGUCUCAUACUAACCUCGGUUUCUAGAUAACUGCAAUGACAACGACUGUUUUCAUCACAUUGUUUAAAUAAAUUCAGACACCUUAUUAAGUCACCAUUAUUGGUGUAAGUCCUAUACUGUUGUUGCAAUUAAUAAUGACUCUUAUUAAAAACUAAUUACUAAAUCGUUAAAAUUAUGUCAAGGCUAACACAGAUAGUGUGCCUGUUCUUAAUUAUAACAUUUUAUAAAUUGCAUUUAAUUUUUUUUACAGACUGUUCUGUUUAAUUUUAUCCAAUGAAAUACUGUAAAUUUCGUAACGAUAUUUUAACUUGACAUACACUAAUACGGUCCUAUUUAUCCUGGGACGGCACAAAAAUCCAGCACAGUGAGCGAAAGUAUUAUUAAAUAAUCAAUGCAUUCCGCAACUAUAAAACUGUUAAUGAUUACAUGAAUUAUAUGGGAGUUUCAUAAUACUCCGAUUUAGUUGGUACAAAUUUAUUGUAUAACAAUUCUAAAUCAUAUCAAUGUAAACAGAACGAUUUGAGGGGAGCAUUUAUUGUAAAUAAAUUCUUUAAUCAUAUUUCCGAAAACAAUCCGCAAUAUACUAAAUAAACAACCUAUUAAAAUAAACUAUAAUUAGAAUACUAAAUCAUGUACUGGUCCUUCAGUUUUUGCUACAGAUUUGGAGUGUUAUAAAAUAAUUUACCAAUUUUCACUAACAAGCCAUUUCAUACUUUAUCAGAAACAAACCUAAAUUUUUGACCGAAUUUAGAUUGUUUACGUUUUAUAUCCUCUUAAAGUUGUCGAAAAUUAAUGUACCAUGUGAAUUUAUUUAUACAUAGUGUUUCAUAUAGACUUAUCCAUGUAAUUCAAAAAAUUUCUUUUUGUGAUUCGUUUCCAAAACCUACUAGUUGAAUUAAUAAGAACUUUCGUCUAAAUUUG